AAGACGUAACGAUUGGUCAGUUUGUCGUGGAUACCACGUAUGAGCAGUUUUUGUGUCUGUACGUAUGGCCACAGGAAGAGAUCCUAGAUGGGAAUCGCGGUUAAAGCCACAACUAAUGUCUGUGGCCGAGCAGCUAAGUCCACGUAGAAAUCUGCUAUCUUCUCGACUUUUCAGUGCGAACCUCAUUAGUGAAAACGAGGAGGAACGUUUGAGCAAGUCAGAUAAGACAGAAACGGAGCUGGCUUUGGAGAUUUUAGCAUUGCUGCGAAAGCAAACUUGUGGAUCGUUUGAUACAUUUUGCAAAGUUUUGCUACAAACGAAAGAUCCCACAUUACGUGAAGUAGAGAAGCAUCUUCGCUCUUACAGUGAAGACAACAUUGACUGUCAGCAGAUAGCAGAACCAACUGCCGAGUCGAGCACAGACAGGUGUGUGGCGACAACACGUGAUCAGCCGCAUCAAGGACGUGAAAAGGCAAACAGCAAAUGUACAGCUGAUGACAUUGUGGAUGUAGCCAAGAAUAUUUCUCAUUGUUGGCAAAAGAUUGUGUUGCAAUUGUCAGCUUCAUAUUUUAUCAACAAGACAAGGGCAAUAGAAAAGGAUAACAUAUGUGAUUGUUUCAUGCAAGCUGUAGCAGCAUUAAAUAUGUGGACUAGUGAAUUUGGUGACAAAGCAACCCGAGCAGCAAUGAUUAGAGCAAUGUGUGACACAGGUUGCAGAUCUCAGGCUGAAGAUGUUUUCAGUCGCAGUUUGGUGAAGCACGUUUGGCCACCUAAAUGAUAACACUUGCGGGCAGGUAAUUGAGCAUUAGCUGUUUUACAAGACUAGCUAGUCUUUGUUGAUUGUAUUAACUCAAUAAUUAACUUGUUUUAAUAAUUUUAUUAUGUCGUUUUCCUUUAACUUAAUUAAACAGUAUAUUGGUGAAUUCUAUUUGGCGAUUUCAUA